AUGUCCGGCGGAAUCAACUCUGGCGAUGCCAAGCUCGCCUUUGAUUCCUCCGAAACCCUCAAGAUCGCCCCCACCUUCGACGCCAUGAAUCUCAAAGAAGACCUCCUCCGCGGCAUCUACGCCUACAACUUCGAAAAGCCCUCCGCCAUCCAGCAACGCGCCAUCCUCCCCAUCAUCCGCGGUCGCGACGUCAUCGCCCAAGCCCAGUCCGGAACCGGCAAGACCGCCACCUUCAGCAUCUCCAUGCUUCAAUCCAUAGAUACCACGCUUCGCGAAACCCAAGCUUUGGUGCUCAGUCCGACACGAGAACUGGCGAUUCAGAUCCAGUCCGUCGUCCUCGCUCUUGGAGAUUAUCUGAAUGUUCAGUGUCAUGCCUGUAUCGGUGGGACGUCUGUGGGGGAAGACAUCAGGAAGUUGGACUACGGUCAGCACAUUGUCUCGGGAACCCCCGGUCGAGUGUACGACAUGAUCCGACGUCGUCACCUGCGCACCAAGAACAUCAAGAUGCUCAUCCUCGACGAAUCUGACGAACUCCUCAACAUGGGUUUCAAGGAUCAGAUCUACGACGUUUACCGCUACCUUCCGCCCUCAACCCAAGUCGUCCUUCUCUCCGCUACCCUGCCGCAGGACGUACUCGAGAUGACUUCCAAGUUCAUGACCGAUCCCGUUCGAAUUCUCGUGAAGCGAGACGAACUCACUCUGGAGGGAAUUAAACAGUUCUUCGUAGCCGUCGAAAAGGAAGAGUGGAAGUUCGACACACUCUGCGAUCUCUACGAUACCCUAACCAUCACCCAAGCCGUCAUCUUCUGCAAUACCCGUAAGAAGGUCGAUUGGCUAUCCUCCAAAAUGAAGGAGAACAACUUCCAGAUCUCCUCCAUGCACGGUGAGAUGCAGCAAAAGGAACGCGAUGCUGUCAUGGCCGAAUUUCGUCAAGGCAGCUCACGCGUCCUCAUCACCACAGACGUCUGGGCCAGAGGCAUCGAUAUUGCCAACAUCAGUCUCGUCAUCAACUACGAUCUGCCCACAAAUCGAGAGAAUUACAUCCACAGAAUCGGCAGGAGCGGUAGGUUUGGUAGGAAAGGUGUAGCGAUCAAUUUUGUCACCGUGGACGAUGUCAGGUUGUUGAGGGAUAUAGAGCAGUUUUACUCGACCCAGAUCGACGAAAUGCCCGUCAAGUUGGAGGACAUGCUGUGA